GGGGAUCGUGAGGGGCCGUGAGGGGACCCGGGAGCGGCGCGGGCCGAGGCACCCCGGUACCGACCGCGCCACCCACCUCGGGCCCAGGGCACGGACGAAAUGAAAAUUUAGAAAAACCUUUGCCAAAUAAAGAAGAUGGGAGCGAAUAGCAGCAGCAUCAGUGAGCUUCCAGAAAAUGAGUACUUACAGAAACUGUCAGGAUCAGAGCCCAUCUCUGAGAAUGACCCAUUCUGGAAUCAGCUUCUGUCUUUUAGCUUCACCACUCCAACAAACAGUGCUGAUUUAAAGCUCUUGGAAGAAGCCACAAUCUCAGUCUGCAAGUCUUUAGUUGAGAAGAAUCCUCGAACAGGGAACCUUGGGUCAUUGAUUAAAGUCUUUCUUUCUAGAACCAAAGAGUUAAAAAUUUCAGCAGAAUGUCAGAACCACCUCUUUAUCUGGCAGGCUCACAAUGCACUGUUCAUUAUUUGCUGUUUGCUGAAAGUAUUCAUCAGUCGAAUGUCAGAAGAGGAGCUGCAACUUCAUUUUACUUAUGAAGAGAAAGCAGGACCAAGCUCAUAUGGAACAGAGUGUGAAGAUCUUAUAGAGGAAUUGCUGUGUUGCCUCAUCCAGCUCAUUGUUGAAAUUCCCCUCUUGUACCCCUGUCAGCACACAGACAGUAACUGGUGGAAAUGGUUGUGCUCAUGGUACAGGGGAAGGUACAGUGGAGGUGUCACUUCAGCUCUGGGGUAUGCAGUAAGAGAUAUUACAUACAGCAUUUCCUUGGAAGCCGUGACAACUCUCAUUGUGUUUCUCUCCUGCCAAUUAUUCCACAAAGAGAUUCUGCGAGAGAGCAUCAUUCACAAAUACCUGAUGCAUGGUCGAUGUCUCCCAUACACCAGCAGACUUGUGAAAACUUUGCUGUAUAAUUUCAUUAGACAAGAGAGAAGCCCUCCUCCAGGGACCCACGUCUUUCAGCAGCAAACAGAUGGAGGAGGACUGCUCUAUGGAAUUGCAUCUGGGGUGGCAACUGGCCUGUGGACCGUGUUCACGCUGGGUGGGGUGGGCAGCAAAGCAUCGGCACAGGUGGAGCAGUGCUCUCCUCUGGCCAGCCAGAGCCUGCUGCUGCUGCUGGUACUGGCCAACCUGACUGACACUCCAGACACCCCAAAUCCCUACAGACAAGCCAUCAUGUCCUUCAAGAACACACAAGAUAACACUGCUUUUUCGUCAUCAAAUCCACAUGCUUUCCAGAUUAACUUUAACAGUUUAUACACAGCUUUAUGUGAUCAGCAGAAAUCUGAUCAAGCCACUCUUCUCCUAUACAUGCUUCUGCACCAGAACAGCAACGUGCGCACCUACGUGUUGGCACGGACAGACAUAGAGAAUCUGGUUCUGCCAAUUCUUGAAAUCCUGUAUCACGUUGAAGAAAGGAAUUCACACCAUGUUUACAUGGCCCUUAUCAUUUUGCUGAUCCUCACAGAGGAUGAUGGCUUCAACCGAUCCAUUCAUGAAGUGAUACUGAAAAACAUUACUUGGUAUGCUGAGCGUGUCUUAACAGAGAUCUCACUUGGGAGUCUUCUGAUACUGGUUGUGAUAAGAACCAUCCAGUACAACAUGACACGGACAAGGGACAAAUACCUUCACACAAAUUGUCUGGCAGCCUUAGCAAAUAUGUCGGCACAGUUCCGCUCGCUUCAUCAGUAUGCUGCUCAGAGGAUCAUCAGUUAUACCUGCCGCCACUUGCGGAGAUAUGUGUAUGUCUUGGACAAACUGUAUUUCCCCCACUCCCACUGCUCUACGCUGCAGCAUUGCUUCUCGACCCUCAGUGACAAUGGAGAGGAACUCUUGUCUUUAACUUGUUCUCACAUUCUCAGAUCCUAUGCUUCCAGUCUAUUUUCUCUGUUGUCUAAAAAACACAACAAAGUGCUGGAGCAAGCCACGCAGUCCUUGAGAGGUUCCUUGGGCUCAAACGACUCUCCACUUCCUGAUUAUGCACAAGACCUGAAUGUGAUUGAGGAAGUGAUCCGGAUGAUGCUGGAGAUCAUCAACUCCUGCCUGACCAACUCCCUCCAUCACAACCCCAACCUGGUGUACGCUCUGCUCUACAAGCGCGAUCUGUUCGAGCAGUUUCGGACUCACCCCUCCUUCCAGGACAUCAUGCAAAAUAUAGACCUGGUGAUCAGCUUUUUCAGCUCCCGAUUAGAGCAAGCUGGAGCUGAGCUGUCAGUGGAGCGAGUUCUGGAAAUCAUCAAGCAAGGAGCUGUUGCUUUGCCCAAAGACAGGCUAAGAAAGUUCCCCGAGCUGAAGUUUAAGUACGUGGAGGAGGAGCAGCCUGAGGAGUUCUUCAUCCCCUACGUGUGGUCCCUGGUGUACAACUCUGCCGUGGCCCUGUACUGGAACCCCCGUGACAUCCAGCUCUUCACCAUGGACUCGGGCUGAGGGACCCGCGGCCAGGCCAGCCCCGCUCCAUCCUACGGGAAUUGAACCCCUGCACCCCUUCCAACCUGACCCCUCCAGCUGCCCCCGUGACCCCAGAGCCAGUGUCCAGCUGGGACAGACUGCUGUGGGGCACUGAUGGCUUGUAGGCAACCUUGUGUUUAUAGUCCGUAACCCAGAGCUUGUUUGAUGAAAAUGAGGCCUUACACAUGGGGUAUGAUGUUACUACCAACCACAAACCUGAUCGUCCUUCUAACUUAACAGGCUAAAUGAGAUUGCAGGCUUUGAUUUGGAAGCAGUAUUUGUAUUUUUGGCUCUUUGGAGCGGGCAGCUUCCUUGGGUCAAGCUUUUUAUGGUCUCUUGGAUGCUGCCGUGGGGUGCUCGUUACCUAAUCCUUGUUUCCACUCACAGCCCUUCGUUUCUGUGGCACUGUCAAGGCUGCAGCCCUUAAAUUGCUGUCUACACUGUCAUCAGAGGGAACUAAGCAAGCAGCAUCUUAAUCAGGUUAGCUCCCAGGCAGAUUCAAAACACUUGAUUUAGAUGUUUGUGGGAGGAUUUUCAAUAGCAAGUCUUCUGUUGUUGUUGUUGUUUGACUGACAAAUACUCUCCAGAGGGCAAGAAACACCUGCUUUUGGAGUCAAGUCCCUUACAGACUUGUUUUUCUGUGCUCCUGUGCAAAAUUGUUCCUGGAAAUUGAGCGUGUAAGGGAAGAGGGGAAAAAAAGUCCAAAGAAAAUAAUUACAAGAUUGUAAAAUAGACCAGUGUCCUGUAAAUCUGUGCUUAAUGGUGACAGUGUGUUUUGGGGAUCCUUGACGAAGCUCUGUGUUGAAAACCUCCUCUUGGCUUUUAAAGUUUUAUGGCAGAAGUAUAAAUUUAUCUGAAUGUAGAAUACUACUCUCUUUUUUGGUUGUUUUCAAGUGCCCUUUCCUGAUAUACCUGUUCCAGCAGUGGGAAAAGCAAAAGAAGUGGUGUGAUUUUGAAAGAAGUCUCAUUUUUCAAAGUGGGGAUCGUAUUUUGGGGAUGCCUGUUGCACACACGUGCACCCACUCUCCUCGUCCCACGUGCUGCUGUGUGGGGAACUGUCAGCAGUGCAUUGCAUGCCAAAACUUCAAUUUCAAGGAAUUAGUUCUUGAAGAUGCGUGGCAACCCUCUGUAUUCACUGCCUGCUCCAGCAUGUUCUGUUUGUUGACCUGAGGAAUCAGGUGCGUUUGCUUUCAGAAAGUCCUUUGAAUGGCUUUAAAUAUAAUUUCUUGCACCGUUUCAUCCCUCUGAAGGAUGUGCUAAGAUUGUACUUUCCUUUUAUCUGCUUAUUUAGAGACAGAAGUCCAUUUGAGUCCUACACAAAUGGAAAUGCUGGCUUAUAAAAAAAAAAAAAAAAAAAAGAAAAAAACGCUUUCCAAAUUUAUUUAAAUAUAGCUGCAAAGGGAUAUAUAGAGCCCACGAGCAUUUAGGGCUUUGAAAUGGCAGAAGCUUUUGAGAAGAGACAAUGGUAAGACUGGAGAUGCAGUGUUUUCUUAGGCAAAUAGGAGAAAUUAAUGAACCAUGACUGAGCUGCACAUAAGUUGAUCUGUAUUUUGGAUUUAUUCUGUUUUGUUUUGGUCUUUGAGCAAACGUCAAAAGGGGAUAACUAUUCUUGGUUACUGUAGUGAUUUGUAAUUUUGUCUUUAUUAAAAGACUAAGAGUGUUUGUGAGUCAACAGGGCUGCCCAGAUUUGGAAAGGUCAGUCUGAAGAUGCACUUUUAAACCGUGGGUUCUAAAGCUGCUGGGCUGGCUCGAUGUUCAUCUGUUUUAAACACUCCGGGCUGAGCAGCACCAGAGAGGCCCUGCCAGGGCAGACGCUGCUCAGCCAGGUGUCAGACUGCAGAAAACCUGAUUUCUCUGUGAAAGGGCUUUUUGCAAGAGAGGAGCAGAUAAAGCAGCAGUCUGAUAGAAAAGGUCCAGCAGCUGCUGAACCAUCAUCGGCGUCGCACGGAAAAUUCUCUCUCGCUGUCCUCCCGUCGUGGUGACACUGAGGUUCAGAGGGUUUGUUCUGAUGGCGUCAUUUCCUCGUGUGUGUCAUGAAAUACCCUGCUCCUGGGUCCCAGCUGGUUUGGAACAGCUGGAGUUAUCACCUAAAGCCAAAACAGCAGAGCCAGACCAAGAUUUGGGCAGAAAAUCAUGCUGGUCCCAUUGGCUCUCCCAAGAGCUGGAGUGUGAUGUGGGCCUGGCAGUGUCCUGACAUCUGCAGUCUGGUAUGGUCACAAAUACUCUGUUUUUCCUUCACCUUAGGGAUCCUUUUCAUUACUUUGUGUGGAAGAUUUAUUAUGCGUAAUUACAAAAAUAAAGAAAGAUGAAACAGUCAA